UGGUGAGGCAGCAGCUUGGUCUUGCUCCAGUGGGUUGUCCAGCCAGUGAUUCCCGUUUCCCCUCAGGCUGCCUCUCAUUAGCAUGGAUCGGGGGGAGGGCAUAAAAGACUCCAGCUCAUUUUGAGUCUGGAAAAACUUUACUUCAAAAUGACAGCCCGAGUGUUCUGGCUCCUCUGCUUUGUCAUUAGAUCAUCCUCUGGAUCCCUGCUGUACGCUGAGAAGCCCGGGCAGGCUCUCAGCAAAGAUGUUUUUGGUGCAGCUCGGGGCAAGGCGGCAGCGCGGGGCCCGGCCAUGGCGCCCGCGCCCCCUCAGCAGCCGCGGCCCCCGGCGCUCCCGGGCCUCGCCUCCGACACGAAGAAACGCGCGGAGCCCUCCCUGGAAAACAGCACGGGGCAAAGGAAGCACCUCGGGCAGCUGCGGGCCGCGGGCAGCCCGGCCCCGGGGGCUGCUCCCGGCCCGCCGGACCCGGGCCGGGCCAACAGGCCGCAGACGGGCCGGGGGCGGGCCGGGGCCGCCAACAGCGCGGGGAGCCUGCGGGCCCGGCCGGGCACCGUGUCCCUGCUGCGCACCCAGCCGCGCCCUGACCCGGGGGAGUCCAACCGAGCAGGGAAGGGGAUGCCCUCCGGAGAGCCCCAGCCCUCCAGCGGGAUCCCCGAACCCUCGUGGGUCACCAACCGCGGGGCGCCCGGGUACCGGGCCGCGCUGGGGGAAGACGGUGACAGGCAGAAGGUGUGCCCGAGCGAGUGCACGAAGGAGCGCGAUGAAGGGGAGGCUCUCUGUGCCAGCGAGUUCGCAGUGAAUGGAAUUGUCCAUAACCUGGAAAAGCUGGGGGAUGGGGUGCAGUGGAUCACCCUCCUGGUGGACAGUGCUGGGCUGUACAAGAUGAGCCGCCUGUACGUCACUCCUGACGCCGCCUUCUUCCGAGCCCACAUCCUGGUUGUGGAUACUUGGAACUGCACUAAACCAUGCCCAGACUUCAAACUUGGCAGCAGGUACAUCGUGAUGGGGCACGUCCACCACAAGCGCCGCCGGGUGCCCGCCGAGCUGCUGCCGGCGCUGCGCGGGCGGCUGCGCCCGGGGGACGGCUGGCUGGGCAGCGGCAGCGGCUACGCCAGGAGAUUCACCAGGAAAAGGGAUCUCAGGGUGAGGGCGGCGCGCUCCAAGUGUGCUUAAGGCUCCGGGGCUCCGUCCGGGACGGGGAGCGGCGGGAUGCGCCCUCGGGGCGCCCCUGGCCUGGCAGCGCUCCCGCCUGGAGCCGCGGCCUCUGUGCUGCAGCCAGCGCUGGGUGCCUCCAGCAGGCACCCCUGGCAGGCCCAGCGCAGAAGUCACUCCAGGGAAUGUUAACCGGCCGUGAAUUCGCUCCAGCUGCUUUCGGAGCCACAGGUUGUUGUUGCUUCCCCUGCUGCAGUGUGCCCUGAAUAAUCUGUAGUGACUGUAAUGCAAAAUUCUGGCAGUUUUUUCAGCAGUACACAACUGCACUUUGAACCCUUCACCUUGAACACAUUAGAUGAUAACCACAACUUUAUCUACACAGGAUGUUCACUGUGCUUUCACAGUUCUGCUUAAAGCAUUUGAUUUCAGAGAAACCAAUACCACUGAGUACCAUUUGUAUUAUUUUUGUCUCGCCAACCAUGUCCAUGGUAUUUCUGAAAAUCACACCAUUCUUCCAGCAGAGCUGGAUGUUCACACAAAGCAUACAGAAUAGAGUGUAAUAAUUUAAGUAUAUGAGCACUGACUGAAAGCAAAUCAAGAACUGCAAAACACAAAUGCCUGGUUGCAUUUACCAGUGACGGUGCAGGGAAUGCAAAAUGAGCACGGGCUGCACAAACUGGGUGUGCCAGGGCACCUUGUCCCAGAGCUUGCUGAAUGCCAUUCCCCAGCAGAAAUAUUGCCAAGCUUGUACUUGCACAAGAGCAAAGUUACUUUUUAAAUCAAAAAGACAAUAUUUUAUUACCUUUGGUGUGGUGAAAUUGAGAUGUUUGUUGUUCCCAGUCAUAUUCACAAAUAAUAAGUCUGUAAAAGAAACUAAUAAAAUGCUCAUGAAGUUCUUCUUUCAUUGUCUCCUGGGUUCUGGAAGACCCAAAAAACUUCUGUAAUGAUGUUGCACAAAGGCAUCUCCUUGUGUGACAAGCUGGCUGAGGAUUUGAUACAUAUUUAUGUUAAGAAAUGUAAAAAAUGCAGUACAGCUUAAAACCCCACAUACUCAGCGAUAUGAUGUGACCUGCCACAGGAAGCAGUGGCUUCUAUAGAAGCAUUUUCUGUUUUGAAACAAGGUAGUUCUGACACACUGUACUGGUCACACACCUCUGCAGCUUCAUUUGGUGCCACUGGAAAUCCACGGAGCAGGGGAUGGGAUGGGCUACACUGCAUCAAGUGUUUCCUGACACGGAGCCAAAUACCAAGAGCAAACAUCCCUGUUUGGGACCCAAAAGGCUCUUACUGGAGGAUAGAAAUUUACUCACAGCAUGAGUCUACCUAAAAAACACCAUGUCUCACUUUUGGCAUGUGAAAGACUUUGCAUGGAUUGACGGAAUUUUCCUGAGAAAAUCGGAGGGGGUUUGAUUUGGCAGAAGGACUGUUCUGGCAAUGAAUCAAAGCUCUGGAGUGACUGGGAGGGACAGGAGGAGGAAGGGUUACAGUGCAUCUCGAGUUUCUUUGUUUCUAUUUUCAGGGGAAGUCCAGGGAUUAAGCAGCAACUCCUCCAGGCAUCCCAGAGCAGCAGCAGAGCCCCACUCCUGUUGUCCUGCUGCAGCCCAGGGCAGCGUGGGCACAAACCAACACGUGGGCCUGCCUCUGGGAAGGGACAAACAGUGCUAAGGACACCCCAAGCCCGAGUUCAGUGCCCAUAACUGACACAGAACACUGGGAUACAGAUGAGCCUGAAAAGUGAUUUAUCCCACGUUCUCUUCCUGUGUUACCAAGUCCUCUUACCUUUCCCUUCUCCAUUGGAAGGUCCCUCCUUAAAAUGUUCCCACAGCAGCUGAGCAACAAAUCCCUGUGUCACAGUCCCACUGAGGGAGGGCUGGAGCAGAGCAGGACUGUUGUCACCAGGCUCAUCACAUACUAAACACACCUCCUGAACAAUUCCCAGACCAGGCUUUCCAGUCCUGCACUUGCUAUUCCAAAACCCUCCCAGCAAUAACCACACAGGUUACGGGAUGGCACUGAUGUUCAACAGCUGCCAUGGUAAUUUUGGUACCUCACAGUCAGUAAUUUCCUUUCCAGCAGGAUAACUAUGGAAAAUUCUGCUGCCACCACACAGAAAUCUGGGUGUAAAGGAAUAAGUGUUCUCACCCUGCCUGUCCAGGAGUUUACUUGAGACUUUUGGGUAAGCCCAACUUCUUAUUGUACUUUAAAUCUCCAUUAACUUCUGCACAAACUAAACUGAGAUUGAGGAGAAUUACUUCAAAUUUGAGGAGACAGAAAAGGAAAAUCAAGCUGGCACAGCUCACAUUAUCAAUAUCUUACAACACAUGACCAUUUCAAAACAACUGUUGCAAUAAUUUAUAAAAUACAAAGAAGACAAGGACUGAGCAGAGAUCACAAAUCUUAUGAACUUUAUGCUUGAUGGCAGGUGGGGAUUAAUUACAAGUGAUUUAUUUUCUGUAACACCAUUUAACUAUAAAACAUCACCACUAGUAAAUCCAGAGAAGAACCUUGACCUGCCCAAUGGCAACUGAACACACUGAAACAGGCUCUUAUGGAAUCACAGAAUGGUUUGGGUUGGGUGAUUAAUCAGCAGCAUUAAAUUGCAUGUAUGGAUUAUUUCCCUAAUCAACCAAGAUCUAUAUCCAGUAACAUUAUCAAUGUUUCAUUAGAAACACCACCAAAUCCAUGUCAAACACAUUACUUUAUUUGUCUAGGAUGAUGUGUCCUAUAAGGUACAAAAAAGUACUCUUCGGUUUGCCACAAUUUGUUAAAAACAGCAAUCUAUUGCCUACAGGUAGGAAAGGUUUAAACCAUGUCAAUAUGGAUUUAGGUACGAAUAAAUAGUACAGAAAUGCUGAGAAGUUGGGAUGAGAUGCAGGAUAUGUCCCAGUGCUGCUAAAGAUGAGAUUUUUCCUUGUCCCAUUAAAACACAAUGCUUACAAUAUGCAGCAUUUUUAAAAAACGUCAAAGGACAACAUAAUCUAAAUGCAACUACUCUUCUCUGACUUUCAGAAGCAUAAAUGGAUUAUUGUUUUCACACUGAACAAUUAGUAAUUUUCACAGAUUGGUUAAAUGACAACAUUUGUAUGUACAAAAACACAUGGGUUUUUAGUAGAUAAAAUCCCCCCAGAAGAACCUGAACACCUGAGCUGGAAGUGUAAGAAAGGGUGGUCAGUAGCAACAUCUUUUUUAAGAAAAAUAACAGAGGAGGUUCUUGCAUAGUAAGGUGUGAGGUUAAACCCAAAAGGAGCUUAUCCAUAAAUCAGGAAAAUCCCAGACCACUGUAGAACAGAAGCUGACUGUGAGUUAGUGCAAAGGCUGGUCAGGUGGGUGAGGAGCUGCAGAGAAACCAGGGCUGGGAACUGCAGACAGGUACCAGAGCAAGCCAGACACCCAGGGAAGGAGAAGCCUUCUCAUCUGCAAUUUGCAUCUUCUUGGGCUCCAGUUCAGCCUCAGGGCAGGGCAGGAGCCCCCAGGGACACAAUUCCAGGUGGCACUCCACGUUCCCAGAGCACCUGGCAAAGGUCACUGAGCUCCAGUGGGCAGGAACACCUCAGCACCAGCUCCUGCCCUGUGGGAAUGUCUGAGCAGGAUAACGGGGCUGGAGCCAGCACCAGCUCCUGCCCUGUGGGAAUGUCUGAGCAGGAUAACGGGGCUGGAACCAGCACCAGCUCCUGCCCUGGCCCAGCUGCACGGGCAGGGCUGGAACCAGCACCAGCUCCUGCCCUGGCCCAGCUGCACGGGCAGGGCUGGAACCAGCACCAGCUCCUGCCCUGGCCCAGUGCACAGCCCUUCAGGCACCCUGUGGAACGUCUGAUGGGGAUGGGUCCCACUCCCUGGCCAUUCCCACCCCUGCUCCUGCAAUCCCUACACUCCUGCACAGAUCCCCAAAGUGUCUCACACACGUGGCAGCGCACACUCAAACACACCUACUGCUGUGGGGAGAACAAUGAUCUCCAUUUAUUUUGUUUCAUAUACAUCCAUAUUUUGAAUUUUAAUACAAAAGAAAAAAAAAUUAGAAUCUGACAAAUGUUUACAAACAAGAUACCUUCAAAUAGAUUUUACUCAGUUCAGUCUGGUGCAGAGUAAAUGACAAAUUGUACUGUUUGUUAUAUUCAAGGCAACAGAGUCUGUAGUCCAUGACCACUCAGCCCAAAUUUUAUGCAAGCUUGUUUUUAUCUACCAUGAAUGAUAAACUCCUUGUUGAUUCCCAGUCCUGUGUGUGUGCACAUGUGUACAUAGCAGCUCCUUUCAUAGAAAGAAAAGACAUCUAGAGGUCUUCUUGUACUUUUACCUACAGGAAUCAUGUUAAGAUACAGAAUGGAUUACAUGGAACCAGGGCUGGAUUUUAUAAGAAAAAAUAAUUAGCUGACAAAUGAGGGCAGCAAUAAAAAAGCGUCUUUUUUGCAACAAUAAAUAAAUACAGUCAAAGUUUUCUGUGUGGACUUUAAACCAGCUUCUUCACUGAAGAACAGACGUGGCAUUUCCAUGGAGUUAAACGUGACCCCAUUUACUGUAUCUUUUUUCUUGCUCUCUUUCUCUCUCUCCUUCAACAAAACAAAGUUUUCCUGCUUCUGCCACAAUAGUACAACAAUUUGAUCUUGACAAGAAAGUGGUGCUGCUGAUUUUUAUUUCUUUGUCCUUUGGACAAAAUAAGCCAAGAAUAUAAUCUGACUGUUGUGACCAAUAAAAACGCAGUUUACAUCAAGUCUUGUCAGGAUAA